AAAUUGGCUCCGCUCGGCCUCCCCUCCAGAGUUUCCAGUUCCGGCCUCCUAGCGGCGGGCAGAAGCUGGAAACAUGCGGCUGUCGGUCGCCUCCGCCAUCUCCCACGGCCGCGUAUUUCGCCGUCUGGGCCUUGGUCCCGAGUCCCGCAUCCACAUGUUGCGGAACUUGCUCACGGGACUGGUGCGGCACGAACGCAUCGAGGCGUCCUGGGCGCGCGUGGACGAGAUGAGGGGCUACGCUGAGAAGCUCAUCGACUAUGGGAAGCUGGGAGACACCAACGAACGAGCCAUGCGCAUGGCGGACUUCUGGCUCACGGAGAAGGACUUGAUCCCAAAGCUGUUUCAAGUACUGGCCCCUCGGUACCAAGGUCAGAAUGGGGGCUACACAAGAAUGCUGCAGAUCCCAAAUCGGAGUGAGCAGGAUCGAGCCAAGAUGGCAGUGAUCGAGUAUAAAGGGAACUGCCUCCCACCCCUUCCUCUGCCUCGCAGAGAUAGCAACCUUACACUCCUAAAUCAGCUGCUGCAGGGACUGCGGCAGGACCUCGCCCAGAACCAAGGAGCAAGAGUCCACAGCUCCCACACAGCUCAAACACCAGGAAUUUAACUGGAUCUGAAGGAUCUACAGCCCGUAUUGGUGCCCACGAUCACAGAUCUUUGGAGCUCUUUUACUCUCUGAUAAGAACUGGAGCUAAGAGUUAGUUGUAAAAUGGACAAUGUUAAUGGGGCUGAGGACAUUCUGGGGAGCCAGUGGCCCUGUGUUUGCACAAUAGAUAAAAUUCCUUAUAUGAGUGUAUAUAAAUUGGAUUUUUUUAAUCCUUCCCCUGUGAUUUCUGGAGAAUGAGAACUAUCCAGAUGCUAAGUCUACCUGGGAGAAAAUUCAUGGCUUAAUGUUUGCAGUCCUUAGAUUUGGGUUGGUUUUGUGUAGCACAGUUGUUUUCCUUAAUACCACCUUAGAUGGGGCAUGUAUCCUAUCAUUCUAAACUGAUUCCCAAAAGUGAUUGUGUUUUGACAUUUAGUCUCAGAGAGAGUGAGCCCCUGAGAUUUCCUAAAGAGCAUUUCCUAACAGGAGUAAGGAAUGAAAAUCUGCAAGUGAAACGUCCUUAAACAAUCCAGUACCUUAGGAAGCUUUAGGGGAUACUACAACCAUUCCUCUGUUUCUGGGCAGCAUCACACAUUACCUUCAUGUGCCCCCCUCAACCCCUGAAUGGACCUUGGAGUAGGGGACCUAAGAACUCAGAUGUUCCACCACCCGGGUCAAAGGGGUGGAGGCAUUCAGCAGAGGAUGUUGGGCUCCAGGAUAAGCUCCUUCCUCUUGGUGGGGGGAGGGGUGAGUGAGAGGGUCAAAGUGAAAGGCGCGUUAGGAAAUUAAACCUGCUGGGAAUUUCCUGGAAGUUUUUAUUGUCGCCAAAUCUGGGUCUCUGUGGGAACUCAGAAAAGGGAAAUCCGGCUUCAGAAUGGCCAGAGUAUGUGAGAAGCAGGGAGCUCCUUUACAUCCUCUCAUUACUCUGAAGGCAGGCCUGUCCCAGCCAGGCUGCCAGGCUUGACUAGAGUGGUGGACCUGGGAAGACUUGGGAAGAGCCAUCACCCUUGGCCUGAACACUUGAUAGGAGGCCCUGAUAGUUGCCACAUCCCUGGUAAAGUGGGAAGAAGAGAUUUUAUCUUAGGCUGCACCUUCAGAGUGUAUUAGGCCCACUGAACCCAUACAUUGUCUGAGAUAAUAAGUCAGGGUGAGGGUAGAGGGAUCAUUGGUCUAUCAGAUAGACAUGAGUUUCUGUGGCAGAACUAUUCUGGUGCUGUUUUGCUGACUGCCCUAGUCUGAGACUCAUCUACUCCCAUCAGGGCUCUCCAUCUCUUUUGUCUACUCUAAUUUGUCCUUCACACUACUGCCAAAAGCUCUUAGAUUUUGAGUGACAUAUACUGGACACUCAAAACAUUUAUCAAAUAAAUCUGCAAGUCUGAUGCUCCCCCCCAAA